AUGCCGCCACGCGCUCCUCUGACCGGCUCCUUCUCCGUCUCGGACGAGAACAACGUCGUCGUCUGUCCGCUGCGCAACCAUGACGGCUCGGCGUGUCGAAAGCGCUGCACCGGCGAGAAGCGGUAUCGCUCCAUGCAGGAGCAUAUCCGCCGCGCCCACCCCGAGCACUACAUCUCGAAGCUGCCCGCCACCGAGGAGAGCUUCACGCUGAUGAUCAACACUCCGCCGCAGGAGCGCCCGCCUCCGCCCCUCCCCUCGAGCUCCGCAGGCCCGCAAGGUUGGUGGCGCCGCUACGGAGGAGGCGAGCUCAAUGCCUUCUUCGCCGACGACUACAGCUCGAGCGACCCGCGCACCUCGGACGAGCUGCGCCGGGGGUCGCUCCUGCCCGCUGCAACCGCCGCCGCCGCCCUGGCUGCCUUGCACACGCACCGCGCCGAAUACGACUGGGACUCGGAUGCGGAGCCAACGUCUGAGCCAGAGUCGAAGAGCUACAGGCCCCGUGCCCGUUUUGCGCCUACGGCCAUGGAGCAGCACAUAACGGCCGAGGAGCCCUACUACACGUCGACGUCGAUACAGCGCGAACUGCUGCCCUCGUCGCUGGCAAGGUCGCCCCCCGGACGCUCCUCGACCCUCCCACCCGCUCGCUCCAUGAAGCCAAACAGGCCCCGCAAGUCGUCCGUGGGCCAGAACGCCCGCAGGGGAAAGCACGAGCGGCAGAAGUCGAGGGAGUACCAUCGAAGGCUGAGCUAUGACAGGAAAGCCUUCUCCGCCGAGCCACAGACAGCAGCGGCUAUCUUGGGUAAGAGGUGGGAGGACCUGAUCGAUGCAGCAGCCUCAGCCACCGAGGAAGACAGCCGGGACCUCACUCCCGUACCGCAAUCACCCCACUACACACCGCACAUGACAAGCAACCGCAUGUCCUUACCGCCCUUCAUUGCCUCCCAGUUCCAGUCCUACACGGCAUCGCCAUUGCAACAUACAUUGACCCCUCCACCGCAGGACAUGCCCGAGCUGCAGCCCUUCCCAUCAGUCGAGUCAUCCAUUGAAUCAGCCGUGUCGGGACAAAACUUCCACAUGCCCUCUAUGGGUCUCUCGGAAUCCUCUCCAACCUUUCCGUUCCCCGUCCAAAUAUAUUGUGCCGCUUGCCGGAAGUUGUCCAUUCUUAGAGAAAGCUACGCAUGUUCUGAAUGUAUUUGCGGCUUGUGUCAGGAAUGUGUAGAUGUUCUUGUUAGCGAACAUACUCGAGGUAGGGCCCCGAGGUGUCCACGGUGCAAUGCCAUUGGAGGCAAGUUCAAACCAUUCCAACUGGACAUCCGAUGA